AUGGUGUCCGGGGACAACGAGAGGCUGCUACCUGAGCCUGAGAGUUACGCCAAGUGUUUUUACGAUCUCUUCAAGAACAUCGCCGAGGCGCAGAGGAAUAAGGGAGAAUGGAGAAAGUGUAAAAAAAAUAAAACUCUUCGCAAACGAGAUAAGAAAAAGAUUGAUUUAAAUGGAGAAUUAAAUUAUAAUAAUCCACCAGAGAUAGAAACAUCUUAUAAUGCCUCAGCAUUUGCUGUGUUUGCUAGCGUGAGAAAUGCUAUUUUAGAAAAGCAUGCAAAACUGUCAACUGAAAUUUAUAGAGCAUCCAAUUGUAGCUCUCCACCACCAGACCUUAGUGACACUAUAGAUACAGAAAGCGAUGAUGAAGAUAGAAUAUCGACUAUACAAAAUUUACCAAAGAUUGUAGGUAUUGGUUUAAGAAGUGUUUUUACAUUAAUGCGAGAGAGCAGAACAAUCGAUCCAAUUUUAUGUACAAAAGCACUGUCGGCUUUAUUGGACGUUUUACAAGGGCAAUUACCAGAAGGCCUCAAAUCUGAACCAGAUGACGUCAUUGAUCCAUUAUUUGAUCUGUUACUGGAUCUUGCAACUUCUCAUGGUCCUGAGUCAGCCGCUGCCAAUGAUGGCAGUCACUUGACAGCUGUUGCUUGUGCUUGUUUAUUGAGUCUUGUAGUAGUCAGAGGAGAUACUGGACGACUGUUGGCAGCAAUAGCGGCUCUGCUUAUGUCUCCUAGAGCAUUAGCAAUACAAAAUAUUCAGAUGCCAUGUGUGUUAACGUCUCUGCAGAGAAGUGUUCAUGCUGUAUUGUUAGGCAAACUCAUGAGACCAGAUUGGAUUACAUAUGGCGUUCCUAAAUGUUCCAAGAUAUAUACCUCUAUGCUUAAGUUACCAAAUGAGAUGAACAAUAUGGUAUUGAAUGAACGUAGUUUUGUAAGUGAUGGAAAGUAUUUAUAUCUGCAUACAUCUCGUGGUUUACUAAAAAUUGGAAGUGGCCACAAUGGUACAAUAUGGGGACAUAUAUACAUACAUAAAGCAGAUUUUUAUCCGACGGAAAUAGGGUGGCUCGGUUAUGCUAAUAAUUCAUUAUAUUUUAAAUGUGCACCUAGAAAACAGAGUGAGUUAUUAAUUAUUGAUGCAGAAACGCUUAUAGUAACAGGAAUUGCUGUGUUAGAAGGAAAAGAUUGGUCAUCCUCUGUCAUGUUCUCCGAUGGCGAAAAUUUAGGAAUGAUAACUGCUGGCAAAGAUGAAGGUUUCGUAGUACGUACGAUAAAUACACUGAGUAAUCCUGUGACAGUUGCCUCUGAAUUACCAUUAAAAUUGGCAAGAAAAUGCGUAGAUAUAUUUGGUUAUGCAACAUUUGAUGAAGAACAAGCAAUACAUAUUUUAAAUCCGGGAUACGACGAUGAAAUUGCAAUGGUUACAGCAGGAAAGGAAUUUGGCUUACUUAAAACAGUGUCUGGUAAAUUGUUAUAUAGCGGAAAAGGAACUUGCUUAGGCAUGAAGAGCAAUACCAGGCCUAAUAGAUGGUUGGAACUUACCUAUGGUAAAGGUCCAAGGAUUACACAUUUUGCAGCAGGUCAUGAUGGUCAACAUGUCGUUAUGGUAAUGGAAGAUGGUUCUGUACUAUUUGCUGGCACUGCUAGACGUGGGGAAGAUGGAGAUAGUAAUAAAGCUCGUAGGCAACCAAAACCAGUAAAACCAAAGAAAAUGGCAAAAGUGGAAGGUCAAUUUAUUGUGGAUGUUGCUUGUAAUAAUGGAUCUACUGCUUUAGUCACAAAAGAUGGUUCUCUAUUAAUGUUUGGUAAAGAUACGCUACAUAGUGAUCCAGUGACAGGAUUAGUUACCGAUUUAAGGGACAUAUGUAUAAUUCGCGUAUCAUUAGGAAAGGCUCAUGCCGCCGCGUUGACUAAUAAAGGACAUCUAUAUACAUUCGGUAUAAAUAAUAAGGGACAGUGUGGUCGUGAUUCUACAACAGUGCAUACUGUGAAUAAAGAAAUGUCGGUAGUUGCAAUGGAAAUGGGUACAGGAGAAGAUGAGUUAAUAAUAGCCGAAGAGGAGAGUGUAGAUCCUGCGGAAGAUUGGGAAGAAACGAGAGGGAUGUGUCCUCCAGGGCAACAUCAAUGGAGGCAUCGCGUUUGUAUGGUUUGCACGAUAUGCAGAGAAUGUACCGGAUAUAGCAUAUCAUGUCUGAGUAGUAUACGUCCCGAUCGGAAUCCCGGUCAAGAAUGUGGAUGUGGCGAAGGAGACAGUGGAUGUGCGGAAUGUGGAUGCUGUCGUACAUGCGCAAGAAAGAGUUGCAGCAACGGCAUAUCAGGUUCCAAUUUUCGAGAAUAUCUGCAAAGACGAUUGGGUGAGAUAAAGCAACGGCAAAGAAGCAAAGCAGGACCGAGUGCUGUUAAGUAUGGAGUAAAAAUCAAGAGCAUGAACAAUCAGCGUGCAGCUGGCCCCAGUAUCGUGCAAAAGGGAUUUCCAGAAAAAGUGGCAUUGGGAUUAGGAGUUAAUCUCGCAGUAGAGGAAGGUGUCGGUGGUAGCGAUGUAGAACGAGGCGAUGCGGCGAGAAUUGCCAGUAUAUCACCAGCCAGAGUUCCUAUUCCUAGCGACAGUCCUGUGAUCCAAGUGUCCUGUGGUUUGCAUCAUACAGUGUUACUUUUGCAAAAUGGAGAAGUAUAUACAUUCGGUAGUAACAUAUAUGGUCAAUUAGGUGUUGGAGAUUUGGUAGCACAUGCAGGACCGAUUCAAGUUAAAUUGCCGACUAUUGCUAUUCAAGUCGCUGCUGGUAGUAAUCAUACUAUUAUACUCACAUCAAAAGGCGAAGUUUACACAUUUGGUGCAUACCAAAAGGGACAACUCGGUAUGAAUUGGUGGAACGGUCAGAAUGAAUCUACAAACACUACUCAAGCGAAUCGUCGUACUGACCGUUCUCAACCAUGGCACAGCUUUCCAAAUGUAGUACCAAAUAUUGGUCCUCGGUGGGGUAGACGAGCAACGUGGAUUGGUGCCGCUGGAGAUCAAACCUAUGUUAAAAUAGACGAAAUAAAUUCAAUUAGUUUGACAAGAAGUACUGUUAUGGCGAAUAAAAAUUGUAUUAUCUUAAUACCCCAUCAGAAUGAGCACGCAAAUUCUUUUAAGAGUCUCGUGAUAAGCAAACGCGACGGAACAUGUAAUAGUUACAGUGGUGUGGAUCAAGUUGAUUUCAGCAAUUGCGCAGCAUGCUUGGAUCCUUUAUACAACGUUAUUUGGACCUUCAAUUCAGCGAAUAAUGAAAUAAGCUUGUACAACAUAAUAUCAACUGAAGCUAGAGCUAUACCUGGUUUAGAAGCUUCUAUACUCAAUCCAGGUUUAGCGCUUCCGGUUGUUUCAUCUUGUUUUUUAACACGUUCUCAAGCCGCGAUGCAUUUAUUAGCUUGUUUGGAUACAUUAACGCAAGCUCAAGAUGAAAACUUAUUGAUAGUUGAAGAAAGUGAAUGUAAUCAAUCGAUGCAUAGCAAAGUUUACAGUCGUGAAGAUUAUGCUACUGUUAGCAGAUUUGAAAGCCAUGGAGGAGGAUGGGGUUAUUCAGCUCAUUCGAUCGAAGCAAUUAGAUUUAUGCCUGACACGGACAUUAUAUUGGGAGGCUAUGGUUUGUUUGGUGGUCGAGGUGAAUAUACUGCGAAGAUUAAACUAUUUGAUGUCGGGAUUGAUGGUGGAGACCAAGAGAACGAUGGCGAACUUCUCGCAGAGACAGAAGAGAUUCCGUACGAAUGUGGUCCAAGACAGAAAUAUUCAAUAUUAUUUGAUGAACCUAUAUCAUUGCAAGCAAACAGAUGGUACGUAGCAUGGGCUAAAGUUGGUGGACCUUCCAGCGAUUGCGGUUCUGGCGGACAAGGAAUGGUCACAGCAGAAGAUCAAGUCAUGUUUUAUUUUAAGUCUUCUAAAAGAUCUAACAAUGGCACUGAUGUUAACGCCGGACAAAUUCCACAAUUAUUAUAUCGUAUUGUCACACCUGAAAAUCAGACACCAAAUAGGCAGAGAGACCAAAUUGAACCUGUCUAUGUUCUGAAGAGAGAAUUCAGUAGGACUGUCACAAAGGAAUGCUUCCAAUCCUUGAUAUCUCUCCUUCAAUGGAGUUGGAACACAUUGAAAGCAACACUGGCCGAUAUGGCCGUUCAUAUCGCAUCAUCGACUCACGCGAUGCUCGAAAUGGAACGAUUGGUGUACAUAAGCAAAGCCAGUUUAAGACUGCUUAGAACAUAUACCAAUGAAAUCUAUCCCAAUUAUGUUAUUAAAAAGACUCCUCCCGAAUCGGUGCGUUUGGCGGAAUGUAUAGGUGAAGUGCGAGCAUUAUUGCGUCAAAUUUUAUCUGAUUCUUUACCGAUUACUCUGAAAAGUAAAGGAAAGACACGAUCUAAUAAAAGUUCUAGUAGUACUUUGGGGAAUAAAAUGACAAACAGCAUAUUAGACGAAUGUCACAAAACGUUUGUAGCUUGUUAUCAUGCAUUUUAUCCUACCGCAUAUCUUAAAUGGACUUCCUUAUGUGAGUUGUUAUCGGAUAUCGAUAAAGAACAAGGUAUGACCUCAAAGGAUCGUCUUCUUUCGUCUGUACUGGCUUCUUUGUGCAAUUCGGCGAUACGACUUAGAUGUACGUUUCCAAUCUUAAGCAACAUCAUGGACAACAGUGACAGCAUAAAACGGCAGCUUAGCCCAUCUGACAAUGCCGGUCUACUUAUGAUGAAUUCAACAGAAAGUCAUCAGUAUCCGAUUUUAGUUGAACAAAUCAGUUACAAAUCUCAAGUAGAAAGUUCUGGCAAGGAGAUUUUGAAUUGGUCAUUCCGCGAAGUACUUGAUAGAUUACUGGAUCUGAUACUAAUACCAGUCAAAAGAAGUCUUUGUAGAGAAAAGACUCAGUCUCUGCCAGAAUUGGUUCUUCAUUGCUGUUAUUUAUUAGCGCGAGUUAUCGCCGAAUUGGCGGCACAAUCGAGCGGAAAUGAAGAUGAAUUGCAAGCAGCUUGCGGUAGACUCAUGUAUACAACACCUUCAAGAUUUACGAGAACAAAUCAGUCAAGAUCAUGGAAUACGGGUAAUGGUUCUCCAGAUGCUAUUUGCUUUUCCGUCGAUAGACCAGGCAUUCUUAUAGCGGGUGUUGGUAUCUAUGGAGGUGCAGGAGUAUAUGAUUAUGAAUUGGAAUUGUUAGAUGAUCAAAAUAACACUGGUAACGAUCCAUCACAUACUCAGCGUUGGAGUAGUUUAGAUUUUACAAGAGGAUCUUUCGGACCAGAUGACUGCAUUAAUGACAUAGUAGAAUUGAAAUUUGACAAACCAGUACUCAUAAAAGAAAACAUUAAGUAUGCUAUUAGAUUACGAAAUCGUGGAGGACGUACUAGUAACGGUGACGGUGGUCUAAGCAUUGUCAAAGGAGCCGAUGGCACAACGUUUACUUUUACCGCUUGUUCUCUAAGUUUUAAUGGUACAACACAAACUAGAGGUCAAAUACCACAUAUUUUGUACUAUUCAAAUCCGCAAGAUUCUGAUGGGCAACACACGAAUAAAGCUAUGGCUGAAGUGCAAGCGAGAAAAUGUACUCUUGCCAUGACCGCAACGAUCAUUCAACGAUCGAAUGAAAUUUUUUCUUUGGCAAGGGAAAGAGGUGAAGAAGUGAUAGCUAAUGAAGUCCUUGGUAACGCAACUUUUGUAACGACUCUCUUACCGCUAGUAAUGGCACACAUUAGUCCCUUAGCUACAUCAGAUCCUAGAAGCAGUGUACAAAUUCUUACUCUAAUACAAGAGAUGUUGCCACACGUUGCAGCUUUGAACUUACUGUCCACAAUGGGAACUUCUCAAAUAUCCCAAGAUAGUGAAACUCAAUCACACUUUGCUCCUCCAGUUACUACUAGUCAUCAUUAUACUUGGUUAGAAAGCGAACAUCCUUAUAAACCGGCGACAGUAUCGUAUUACAAAGUUACUUUUCCCGAAACAGUAAAGUGGCUAACCGUCGAAUUUACUCCAGAAUGUGGAACUUCACAACCAGAAGAUUAUUUACAACUUUAUAUACCACAUAUAAUUCGCAACUCCUCCGUAGGAACAGCUCCAAGUAUGAGUGAAGAUAUCCCUCUGCAUUGGCCAGUAUUACAUAAGUUGAGUAAUGUUCAAAGUCAAUGGCCGCAAAAUGCUGUUGUGUUACCAGGAAAUGAAGUGAUAUUUUCCUUGGAAACUGCAUCUGAUUAUAUGAAAAAUGAAAGCUCAAUUACUUACGGUUUCAAAUGCUUAGUCAUUGGUUAUGAUUGGAUAACAUCUGGCCAUGGUUUAAAGAAUUUGGAGAUUGAAUUGUCUUUCCUCGGAGGAGCAUGCGCUGCAAGUCUCAUGAAGAAAAAUUUAUCAUUACCUCCAGUUUCCUCGGAAGAAGUUGAAGAGGACUUGGAGUCGAUGCAGGAAACGGCAAAGAGGAUUUUUUCUGUACAUUCGGCAUUACUUGGACGAGGAUUCGCACUUGCGUCGCCACCUACAAUUUCGCAGGCUCUCGACGGCGUGCUUCCAUACAGGUGA